CCCAGAGUUGAUAUUUUGCAGAGUAAAGAACAAUGAAGAAUCUGGUGGCAAAGAGUGUCCAGUCCAGCAGUGGUGCUGCCACAGCACCAGCCUUCACCAUCCCCGUUGAUGGUCGAGUGUAUGCUGUUGAAGUGGCAGGAUUUGCAUGGUGCAGUGACCUGGUAGUCUAUGGAACAGCUACCUCAGUUGGUGUACUCCGCAUCACUCUCCCAGAGGACAGUGAGACCGGGCAGCUACAGCACGUGAGUCUCCAUGAAUUCCACCAUGACUCGCGGGUGCGCUGUCUGGCCUGGAGCGGCGAGACCAACCUGGCUGAGGUGCCUCGCUGUCUGAAGUUCGCGGCCGCCGGCGCCGACCACUGUGUCAGGGUGUACGUCCACACGGGCCCCACGGAAGGCGGGUCGCUAGAGGUUCACCCGCUGGUGGGCCACACUGACUACAUUAACGACCUGUCGUUCGGCGGACCAGACGGAGACACCCUGGCCAGCGUCGGUGACGACCUGACCUGCCGGCUGUGGAAUGCCGCCGACUUUACACCGCUGGCGUGCAUCGCCUCCGACGGACCGUGUAUGUCGGUGUGCUGGCACGCUGAGGAGCAGUACCAGCUGCUGGUGGCGGCCGCCUCGGGCACAGUCACCUUCUACAACACAGAGACGCGCGCGCCCGUCUCGGCCCUCCACACAGGCGUGACCGGUCUGGCCGGCGCCGACUGGUCGCCGCUCGACAGUCUGCGCGUGGCCACCGUGCACGAUAGCCGCCUGGUGACUCUGGACGUGUCCCGACUCAGUAAGCCGGAGACUGACCAGGAGGUGCACCACGGCGGUGGGCAGAAGGUGCGCUUCUCGCGCACGGCCAAACAGCACGUGGCCACGUGCAGCCUGACCCAGGUCAAGGUCACCCAGCUGGGCGUGCACCAGGCGCCGCUCGCAGAGGAUCUCAUGGCGGUCGGCGGCAUCAGCUGGCACAGCGUCCUCCCGUACCUGUUGGCCGGCAGCGACCGAAAACUGGUGGUCUGGCGGGUCGCCCUCAUCUAAGGCUGGUCCUCAGAGCACAUCAAGGCGGAGUCGGCAGAGGCAAGUCACGUCUGUGUGGACAUGGUGCGAUGGUAGUAAAUUCCCAGUGGUUGUCAGUGCAGUCCAGUUCAAAUGUGACGCUUUUCAUUGAAAGGUGAACGAGUAAACUAUGUGGGGUUCGUGGGAUUCCUCAGAGCUGACCACUGAAAAAGUGUCAUACGGCGGUGUAAUGUCAAUAAUACAUUGUUUUUUAAGUA